UCUACCCUGGUGUUUGCAGGAGAGGCCUCAAUCCACCUCACCGAGUGAAGUCCAUCUCCAUGACAACCUUCACUGAACAGGAAAUUGAAUUCCUUCAGUCGCAUGGCAAUGAGGUGUGUCGGCAGAUUUGGCUAGGCCUGUUUGAUUCCCGAUCAUCAGUUAUACCAGAUUACAGGGAUCCGCAAAAAAUCAAGGAGUUCCUACAGGAUAAAUACGAGAAAAAGAAGUGGUAUGUUCCUCCAGACCGGGUAAAAGUAUCUGCUGCCACGUCAGCUACGACGUCCCUUAGCAGCAGGAGUAGCACACCUGACGUCAAACCGCUGAAGACCCUCAUGGGAGAUUCAACUCCAGCCCUGAGCGUCACCAAAAGUGCUGCGCAGGCUGCCAACCAGGCAUCGGUGCAGCACCAGAACCAGCAGCCAGUGAAGAAAUCGCAGCUGGACCUUUUGGCAGACAUUGGAGGUGAUCCUUUUGCUUCCCCGGCACCCCAGCACACUGCUGCACAGGCCUUUGGGGCCUUCCCUGCCUUUGGAGCAGGUGGUCAGAUGUCCGGUUUCAGCUUCACAUCAGCAACGAGCAGCCAACCCACGGUCUCUUCGAGCCAUUAUACAGGAUCCGAAUACAGCAGCGUCUUCAAUAUGGGAGUGCCUUCAAAUAAUGCCAGUGCUGGCACUAGCAGUAUUUCUGGGACGAUGAGUGGGAGCCAAGUGCCUACGCAGCAAGCUGGCACCACGAAUGCUUCGAGCUUUGGAGCUUUCAGUAAUCCGUUUGCUGCUCCUACUGCCACAGCACAAGCUGCUUCUACCAACCCCUUCCAGACCAACGGAAUGGCACCAGCUCCAAUGUACAGUGGAGUACCACCAGGGUACGGACCUACCUCAGUCGCAGGGGGGUUCGCAGGAUUCCCGCAGCAUCCCUUCUCGCAGCAGCAGCCGCAGCAGCAACAGCAACAUGUGUUCGCUCAGCCGCAGGCCUUUCCACAGCAGCAAGGCUACAGCCAACAGCAGCAACAGGCUUUUGCCCAGCAGCAGUCAUUCCUGCAGCAGCAAGGCUUUGCUCAGCAACAAAAUGGUGCUGGGUUCGGUGCCUUUGGGCAGUCGAAAGGAAUGCCACAAAUGAUGGGUCCAUUGAUACAAGGAGGUGGAGUGCCCAGCAACCCAUUUAUGGUAUGUGCCACACUGACUGCUUUCAACGGGAGCGAAGAUGAGCUGUAAUGUGUAAAGCUGGGUAAAGUGAAUGGGACUGGAUUAAGUAACCGCGUGCUGGCAAGCUCGGAGUCCCAAUCUGCGGAGCCACGAGGUCUGAUUUUGGGGCUCAGAGCAGCAUGAAACUGGAACCAGAGGUUAUGUGCAAAAAAAAUAAGGUCAGAGUCAGGAUUCACUCAAUGUCCCUGCCUCACCUACUCAGACUGACUCGUGUGUCAGACUGAUUUGUCUCACAGAACGGUACAGCACUGUACAGGCCCUUCGGCCUUCGAUGUUGUACUAGCCUUUUAUCCUACUCUAAGAUCAAACUAACCUAUGCACCCUUUAUUUUACUAUCAUCCAUGUGCCUAUCUAAGAGUCUCUUAAAUGUCCCUCAUGUCUCUGUCUCUACUCCCACCGCUGGCAGUGCAUUCCACGCACCCACCAGUCUCCGUGUAAAGAACCACCCUCUGACAACUCCCCAAAACCUUCCUCCAAGCACUUUAAAAUUAUAACCCCUCGUUUCCGCCCUGGGAAAAUGUCUCUGGCUAUCCACUCUAUCUAUGCCUCUCAUCAUCU